AUGGCUGCACCUUCCAAAACCUUCGCGGUCACCGUGAUACACCACAAGGUUGCCAUAGAGAGUGUGUGUUCGAUCCACAGAUUGAUGUUGGAAGACUCUGAGAGAAACAAAUCCUAUCGAAAUGCGAUUUUAAACAAUAAAGAUGAGUUCUGCGGUAAAGUUGUUUUAGACGUUGGUGCCGGUUCUGGAAUUUUGUCAGUUUUUUGCGCACAGGCAGGAGCUAAGACUGUUUAUGCAGUUGAGGCUAGCAACGUUUAUAAAAUUGCAGAGGAAGUUGUCAAAGAAAAUAGUUUCGAGAAUGUUAUUAAAAAGCAGAUUUUUAAUCUCAAUGGUCCCACGGAUAUUGAAGAUGUUACAAAUUUGAUCUUUGCUGACACGGAUGACGAUUUAGUUAUAGAUGAUAGCGAUACAGAUGAAGAGGAACAUGUUUCGGAACGUGAUAACGAGUCCGAAUUGAGCGGUGAAAGCAAUGCCGAAGACGAAGCAGACAGUUCCAACGAGGCUUAUAUAGCUCACCUAAAGAAAAAUGUCAUUCAUUGCAAGGUGGAACAACUUGAUUUACCAGAAAAAGUUGACAUUAUAGUGUCCGAAUGGAUGGGGUUCUACCUACUUCAUGAAGCUAUGUUGGAUUCUGUCAUUGUAGCUAGAGAUAAAUUCCUCAAACAAGAUGGAAUAUGUCUUUGGUUUACUUGCAAUUUUCCAAGUAAAUUUUCGGAACCGGUGAUUUUAUCUACCGAACCAGAAUCGCCACCCAGUCAUUGGAAACAAACAACAAUAGUGUUACCUACCAACAUCCAGGUAGAAGAAUCAACCCCAAUGGCAUAUGAUUUAUUGUUAAGAAGAUCUUCAGUUGACAAAAGGAAGUACACCAUCGAGGUCACCAUGCUGGAUCCUUCGGAAGUUGAACACCCGGAGUAUUGUCUUUGCCACUUGACAAAGUGUAUUUUAGUAAGAGCCAUGUUAGAGAAGUACGAGAAAGAUGAUAUGGAACGUUCUGAGAAUAAAUGA